AGAAGCACUGACUGCAUGGAGCUGCUUUUUCCUUCAAUAUUUCGAGUUCGACGUCGCUCAGGAAAAAAAUGAAGAAUCGAGAUAGCAGCGAGGGCGCAUUAUUUCUUUCCGGCUGGUGCAAAUGUUUCAAAGAUCCUGAUGAUGAGGCGGUUUUUUUUCUUGUCCGCAACAAGGACGACGUAUGUCGCAAGCGCUGUGGGGAAAGGUCUGAUAUUGCAGCUGGGGGCGGUAUGGCGUUCUCAAGCGUUACAUUCUCAACUGUUACAUGAUUUGUCAUGCAAAAUGAUCAUCAAGAUCCACACGAUCAAGCUGCUUCGCAUGACAAAUUUGCGAAUGGCUAAACAGCACCCAAAUCUGUUCGGAAUUUGUAAUGCUACAGGUGCAACCUCCCCCCUUUCACUUUUCCCAUUCUUGCAUGACAAAUCCAUGUAACACUUGAGAAUGUAACAGUUGAGAACGCCAUACGCGGGCCUUCUUCUCAAUUUUGUUCGACCAGUGUCGCCUGCCUCUGUCGUACUUUCUCGACAAGAAGGCAAGCAGGACGAGGAACAUUUUUGCUUUCCGAGUAGUGGUGCCGCUGGAGGCAUAACGUACGAGUACUGUUGCCUGGAGCUCCAUGGGGCCAGACACGAUGAUGCGAACCCCUGCUGGGACGUCGUUUACACGUAUGAGCUCUGCUGCCGACCGCAUGUUCAUCAUGCCGAAAAAACACAAGAAAGCGCCUUAGAUGAUGAGCUACACGAUGUUGAAGGAGCAGGAGACCUGAUUAGCACUGCAAGUGCUUCUUCCUCUACUGUGCAUCAAGGGAAAAACACAGGAAGCGCUGGGUUAAACAGUUUGAGCACAUCGAGCAGGAGGACUCUACACCUGCCGCUAGCAGCGCAGGGAGAGGAGGACGAUUCCCUUCUGGUCCUCGCCCCGGUGUCGUUCUCCGGAAAGGCGCGGAAGAAUUUUGCGGGAAAUCGAGACCAGGGCGACGAAGACGAACCCACCGAAGCGGAAAUUCUGGCCCGCCCCUUUUCUCCUGUGCUUUCGUCCAGCAAGGCCAGGCAUAGUGGAACUAGCGCUGCAGGAAAGAAGUUGGAGGACCAUAUCGCGGAUACUAAAAAAAUUGCAAGUGCGCAGCUGCAAGUUUCGACAAAUAAAGGAAGCCAGGAGGAAGUUCUUCCACCGCCGGUCACCGCGUACCGAAAAACCCUCGUGCCUGGAACGUCCACCGAACAAGCGGGACAUAGAAGAACGGCAGCACUUUCAUCCUCCACCGCCUCGUCCCGCUCGGACGCGAAAUUAUCUUUGUCCGCCUCGUUUAUGUCUUCAACGGGCGUUAGCAUACAGAAGGGUGAAUUUGCAGUGAAUUUGUAUUGCGUGGUGGCGUGAUGCAUGAAUUAAGGGGCAUAUGAAGAACACGAGGAGGACGCCAGGCAGUCAGCGUUCCGUGUAGUUGAAAGGUUAGCACUUGCCUGGUGCCAUUUGGAUGGUGACGCUCACUGUCAGAGCCUAAAGUAGAGACGCACGUCUUUGCUGCCUGGUGCGUUGCCAAGAAGCAAAGGCGGCCUGUGGCGGUCUCACAAUAUAACACUGCCUCUGCGGAGUCCAUAGUGGGUCGAGAGGGAGGGGGCCGAAGCCUCAACAGGAGAGGGGCACUGGGUCAACAUCUAAGUGGGUAGCUCUCACGGGUUGUGGCUGGCUCGGCUUGGAUGUCUGGAGACAUGUUGCAAUGGAUGCUAGCAUCGCCUGCGUUGCUCUGUAGCUCGUAUCUUCCCAGCUGUGUUCCUGCCUCAUCUUGUUCGGGUCCUCUAGUUUUCUUCGACGUGAUCCCCAGGUCAGAAAUUCUCCUGGUGAAUUUUGAGGCUUUUUCUUUUUGUUAAACUUUUCUGGAGCUCCAAAACCCGCAGUUUCUCAUGCGCUAGCGAAUUUUGAACAGGGACCGCAGGCCAAAACUCACUCACGCCCUUUUCAAAAUUCACCCCAAAACUCACCUGGCGCCCCUUUUCGACCGUGAUAAGCAAACUGCAGCGCAGGAAAGUGCUCAAAAAAGUCCGCAGAUAGGCCCUGGGAAGUGGGGCCGAUGGGAAAAGUCAAGCGCCCUCUGUUGCCUUCAGCGCGUCUAUAUUCUGCCAAAAAGGCCUGGAGAGUUCACGCGCCUGCCGGAUAGACGCGUCAAAGCUCUCGGCCUGGUCCUUUCGCCCUUGCUUUCGCGCCUUCGUCUUGCCUAAUUGCAUGCGCUCCGCGGCCCUUGUUUUUGACGUCUUUGCCGCCGCUGUUGCAGUGCUCUUAUGCGAGCACAGGAACAAGGCGCAAGGACAUGGCCAAAGAACGACGCCCAGGCCAUGUCCAGUUGCCCACUGCAUAGCCGGCGAGUUCUGCGGUGUGCAGAACGCUCUUCCCAGAAGGGCAAGAGGGACAAUGUCCCGGCGGACUUAUCUGCAAUUUGUCAUGCAAAAUUCACUAGAGAUUCGCCACGUCUCACGCUAACGCGUGUUCAAGCUCCACCGCCUCGUCCCGCUCGGACGCGAAAUUAUCUUUGUCCGCCUACUGUCCCCACUACCCCGGUUUUCCCCAAAUCAAAAAAAUUUUUUUGAACUGAUGCAACAACACGGCCGCCGGCUGCGCAGCCCGACCGGAUAGUGUCCGCUAGUGGAUCUUCUUCAAGGAUAAUCUCUGAUGCUGUUACAUAUGCAAAGGAGCAAGCGAGAUGGCGGCGCUCAAAAGUCAGCGCAUGAGCUGAUGGGGCAGCAGGCUUUGUGGAUGUGUGUGUGUAUCUAUUUCGGCCCGAUCCGCGUGUAGACUACUGCAACGCGGCCCCGCCGCACUGCUCGCGCUUGCUUGGCUGCGGGCAUGGUGCUGGAAAAGCGUGCUCUGCGAUGCUAACUCGGACGGGGCGCUGUUAUUCUGUUAGCGAUCCAACGCCCCGCCUGCCGUGCCGAGUGUUGAUUUGUGGGCGUCGGCCUGGAUUCGUCAGCCGCGCUGGCCCCUUGCCCGGGCCCACGUGGCCGCCGGACUUUGAAGGCCGCGCCCAACUUUUGAGGCCCCGGCCUCGCCGCUUCCCUGGAGGUCGUGCAUGCGUCCACUUUCGGGACGUUUCUGGUGCCCGUUUUGGUGGCCGCAAGUGCGUAGAUAGCCGCUUAGGGCCGAAAUCCCCAGCAUACGUUUUUUUUCUCGCCAACGUGUCCGAGCAUGCACUCAGGGAAACGCUGCCGGCCAGCCUCAAGUGGAGAACACAGGUCCACGGCAAGGGGCAUCGCGUGGGAGCCUUAGGUGGCCGGGGGGCGGGUCUGGCACGGGCGCCUUGCCCCGGGCGCUGCCCCGCGGGGCUCGAGCUGCUUGCGCCCCAAAAAGCCGGGCGGGGCGUUGCGCUUUUCAGCCUGUAGGAUAGAAAGAGAGGCGCACUGGGGUCGGUCAUGGAGAACAUCAGCAAGCUGCUCUGCCCUGAAGGAGGGGCGGCCGGCUGCGUCUGGACUCCGAGCCGCAGUGGCCUUUCUUAAAUUGCGCGCAUACUUCUCGAGGAGCUACCAAAGCAGUUCGUUGGCGCCACUAGCUACGCAAUCUCCUGGAUUCCAUAAAGCAACACACCCGGGGGGGCGCGCGCCUCGGUCUGGCCAUUCGCGGCGCAAGUCGGUUGCGAAGGGCCCGCCCUGCUUACAAUUGGAUCGAAAAAAAAAAAUUGUCUUUGGGGAAAACCGGGGUAGUGGGGACAGUUUUCCCUACCGUACACCGUGGCCUCGUCCCGCUCGGACGCGAAAUUAUCUUUGUCCGCCUACUGCUGGGCGCCAGUGCGCGAACUCAUCAGAUCGGCGCCGGAGGGGGAGCACGAGUUUGUCACCUAUCUGCGCUGGUUGGAGGAACACCAAAACCGCGGCGCGCCCUUGUCUGAUGUGCAGCUGCAGCAGUUCUGUUGUGCUCGCCCCGACGAUGACAAGGGCAGCUGUUUUCCGUACAGGGAUACGCAAUCAUGCAAAACUGUCUGGGGUGGGAGGAGUGCAGGAGGAGUUCGUCAUGCCAGAGCUAGCAGGUCUAGACAACUUCAACUUUGCAAUGCCUCCUCUGGUGCAUGUGGAGAACAACUCCCCUCUAGCUACUACUGGUACUGCUCCUCGGGGUAGCCAGACGUGGACAGCAUUUGCUGCUCCUGCGAAGAACAGAUGCUCUUGUUUGACUGGCAGAGAGCUGCAGGAUGUAACAUGUUUACUGCACCCAACCAGCCCUCCCAGAUCGAUUUUUGCAUUUGAUAGCCGAACAAAAAGGGGACCCGUCGUAUAAUUCCUCCGAGGCCUUUGAAGAUGACGGCACUUUCUUCGGAUGGAACUGGCCUGUACAGUUUGAAGCGGGUGUGAAGACGGCGCAGCAACUUCGCAUGGGCUUGAAGCAUGCGGAUUGUUGUUUUCCGCAGCUGCGCAAGAUGUUAGCCACUCCAUUGGAACAGCGACCGCAGUGGAUGCGCGAUGCCGUCGAAGAGGAUCUGGCGCACUGGCGAAGGUACUACAACAGGCAUAAAGCUGGAAGUAGUAAACCAGUACCAGAUGUUGAUGUUGAUCAAGAUAAGACCCAUUCCAUGUUGUUGCCGACGAGCCCACGCGACGAGCAUGAAAUAAGGCAAUUUAUUCAGCACACCGACGCGGCUACUGAGGCAAAAGCUGGGAGGAGGUUCGUGUCCCAAUACGUGGCUUCCUCGUUGGUGCAGCAAGUACUAGACCAAGCCCAACCACAUCCGCUGCAGCAUUACGGCGGACGCGACUACCGAGUGGCGGACCCGGAUCAUCCCCGACUAUGCGAGUAUUUCAUACAGUGGUGCCCCACCCGUCUGAUUGGACGGAGCUGCCCGGGAGCGCGUUCGAAAGCAGAACUCUUCUCCUGGCAAGAGGUCGAAGCUUGGCAGAUUGCCAAGCAAACGCAGGCGUGGUUCCUAGUCCUCCGACAUUCACCUGUCUAUGACUGCGGGGAAGUUCUACGGGCGUCAAAAGGGCGAGACAGUGAAGAGACAAAGAACGUCUACAACGCCACAGCGUUUCAGUCGGAGCGGAAAAGACGCGCACUCGCGAAGGCGGGCACCCAGAAGGCCACCCUGGGGAUGCGGUUCUACCAAAAUUUGAUCCCCGAAGUAUUGGACCUCGCGACGGGGGUGGUGGCUGGACGUGGUGCAAGUGCGGCGCAAGAAGGAAAAGAUGGAAAAUUUCCUUCCAUUGACGACCUUCCAGUGGUCUCCUGGACGCGAUCCAUCUUUCCCGGGACUGCGAGCGACACCGCGCUUUCACUUCCGCUCGUGUACAACCUGCAUACCAGCUGGUUUCGAAAGUACGAACAGGAGAUACGGCUGAACUACGUCCCCUGGGAAAAGCGGCGGCCCGAGUUCUUCUUCCGGGGAACGCCUUCGAUAGCCAGCGCCCACUGGAACUGGACCGCCGUGCACGACGGAGAAUUCUGUAACGGAAUGCCGAGCAGUGGGCGGGACGACUGCACACACUAUCCUACUGACUCCACUGUGCUGACGGAAGAUGUCAACGCAAUAGAGGAGGAAUCGCCAGAUGCGGAGGCGGGAUUUUCCGACCCAUUCCGUGGGGUGUAUUUCCGGCGUCUCAUGCGUGACGAUGCAGUGCUGUGGGAGAAGGUCCGCACAUCGGUUGUAGCAACGGGCGACUGGCAGGGCACCAAGAAGUUUCUGCGCGAUUUAGAUGAGCGAAGUAAAACAGCCACUAUUGCGCAACGUCAAGAAGACGUGUCCAUAAUGCACGACCAGCAGCCGAUGAAACAAGGAACCACGACACAGAGAGCGACCUUUAGAGCAGAAACGGCUCCUCCGCCGGCGGGAGGGCCAGAGCCGGUCGCGGCGACGGACCUCCCGUCACUUACGCGUCUGCUAGAGGCACGGUACGGGCUGAAAGAACAGGAAUCCCAGAGAAUGCUGCGUCGCGUACCCAAUGAGAUGUAUCCGGCCACCAACGUCGCCCGAGCCUUGCUAGGGCGGAUGGCCAACGCAGAGCCCCCAGAAGCCAGCGCUUCUGCGUCUGAUAAAGUGCUCCUCGCUGCCCAAGAACUACACACGGAGCUAACCGAGAAGUAUCCGUUCUUAUUUGACGAGACCAAGUCCGACUUUUUCUUUGACGUAAAGUUGACCUCGUGGCCGGUACAGGUCGAGUUUGAUCCGGAGACGGAUUUUGCAUCGUUUGCGGCCGACGGUAAGGCUGCGCAGCAGGUGUUCACGGAGCAGACGGCUGCGGUGCAGCGAGCAUUGCACUCACUGGCGAUGCCGGACGGCGGCGGAGGCGGACGCAGCCACGCAGGCGGGGGACAAAUGUGGAACCGGGACGACAGUGCCCCCGCUGCUGCCGCUGAGAAUUCCACCCCGCCGCAGUUCCCUCCGGGGAGUGGCACCGGGCCCAUUGGCGCGGUGUUUCGACGCGCCGCUGAACUUGCACAUUCCUCGCCAACAGCGAACACCACGGAGGCGGAGGACCGGGAAGCGGUUCGAGCGCAAUUGUUGUCUCGCCUCGAACGGUUACAGACGAAAUACAACGAACGUUUUGGACGAGACCGAGAGCAGACAAGGUCGGAAACUAAAAGGGACGAGGAGGAUCAUAUUCAUAUCAAGGACGAAAGCGGCGCAGUCUUGCCUAGUACUUCCACCAACUUGUCUGCUGAGCAGAAAACAUCGGACGCCAAACGGAAUAACAGCAAGCCGAAGAGGCGCGGCAAAGUCGAAAACCAAGCUUUGAAUGUUCCGCUGAAAAAUCAGCUUGACUACAAGUAUAAUUUUAUCGUAUUUAAUAACGUCCCCACCCCAGAGUUGUCAUGCAAAUCUGCAUGCCAAAAAAGUUUUUCAUGUGACCACUACAUGAUGAUGAUGAUGUACCUGUGGCGCUGGGAGCGGGUGACCACUACAUGAUGAUGAUGAUGUGACGCCCCAUGGGUGCCAUUUUCUAGUCGUUUUUUGGAAUUUGUGAUGCUAGAAUCAGCAUGAUGCGCUAGAUCUGUGAUGCUUCGGAACUAGCUAAACUAACAGGAUUACACUACGAGGGCAAACUUGUCAUGCGAAACAGCCGGAGCUGGUUGAUUUGUCUAGCAGUUUCCCCAUCUUGACUCUGGUGUGGGGACGUUUUUACUCAGGAUAAAUUUUCACGAUAACGUGUCGACGCGCGACGUGUGGUGCUUUCUCGCGGGCCAGGUCCUAUUUCGUGCCAUGUUUCGCUACGAUUCCGCGGUGGACAAGAUCUUCCACCCGUACGAGCACUACAUUCCACUGCGCCGAGAUUUGCGAGAUUUUUAUGAAAAAAUGAAUUUCAUCGUGGAGCACGAUGCGUGGGCACGGAAGAUUGCCGAGCGUGGGCGGAGGCUGGCGCAGGAGGUUUUCAAUUUAGAGACGAACUAUUGGUACAUGCACACCCUUGCGCUCUCCCUGGGCCUGCUGCAAGGAGGGUACAACUUCUAG